AUAAGUAAAAAAAGAAUCGACACCCAUCCCAUGUGAGUUGCCAAACAAAGACCCAAAACCAAAUACUUCUCUCCCACCGCCAAACUGAUUCAUUUCAACAAAUAAAUAAAUAAUAGUAUAAUACGGAGUAAUAAAAUACAAAAGAGAAAUAAAAAAGAUGGGCGAUUCGAAUAAAAGUACGAAAUCAAAAAUUGAUGAAGCUAGAGAUUGGAUUGUUGAACAUAAGCUUCGCUCCGUUGGAUGUUUAUGGUUAAGUGGUCUUGCUGGAUCAAUUGCAUAUAAUUGGUCUCAGCCUGGAAUGAAAACCAGCGUCAGGAUUAUUCACGCUAGGUUGCAUGCGCAGGCUCUAACACUGGCUGCAUUAGCGGGGGCUGGAUUAGUUGAGUACUAUGAUCAUAAAUCUGGUGCAAAGACAGAACGAUAUGCCAAGUUCCUUGAUGUCAACCCUCACAAGGAAUAAGUUUUAGUUUAAUCUGCACCUGUUGAAGUACUUGUCAAAUCGAUACCAUAAAACGUUUAAUGGUUUUGCAUAAUGCUAAUUUGCAUUUCGCUUCAUGGUAGCUUAGUGUUAUCAAAGCUGCAAAUAUUGCACAUGGAAUUUUGCUUCACUAAAUGUUUGUUGACAGAAAUCGUAUAUGCCAUUUUAUUUCUUUAUUGUUAUGAUA